GUCGAGGUAGAAUCAUAUUAAAAGUAUAUUUAAAUCAAUUAAAAACUAUUUCACAGGGCAGACAAGCUCCAACAAUUUGAUGUGGGACUUGUGGAAGCGGAAGACUGAUACAAUUUGCUUAUCUUAUCAGACACGACCGCACGACAAGUGUACGUAAACCUAAUUGAAUGAAAAUGCUUGCGGCAACUGUUGUCAAAGUAAUUAACUUGAAAGGAUUUACUCUGACUCGACACAAAUCACCGCAAUCGAUAGGACGCAUUAAUUAUUUGGGUCUUUAAUGUGGGGGUGUUUGUUGCUGAUUGCCUUCGAGAUAUUAGGUAUUUAUGGAGACGUUAGCAGGAAUUAGCUCAAUAGUUGCAAUGGAGUCAUCAAAGAAACCAGAAAGGAAGGGAUCCUCUAUGUUUCUGUUAAGGAGCUUUGGCAGGAGUCUCAAAGAAUUCCUCAAGAGCACGGGCCUGCAUGGACUGAAGUUUGUGGGAGACUCCAGUCUCAGCAGUUGGGAGAGAUCAUUUUUCUUUUGCUCAUUUGUGGUCGCCUUGGUGAUCACAUGCAAUCUCAUCGUGAACAUCUACGCCAAGUGGGAUAGUACACCGGUGAUAAUUGGGAUCAGCCCACAGGCCACCUCCAUUCUGAAAGUUCCCUUUCCGGCCAUCACCAUAUGCAACAUGAAUCAGGUUCAGAGCAGCCAGGUUUCCCAUUACAAAGAAGGCUCCGAUGAAAGUGCUAUCUUGAAGCUGUUGUGUAACUCCGAAAUCGACGACUCUGAUGACCUUGAAGAUGUUGUGAAACGCAGUAGUUUUGCUCGGAAUACCCUCAGGAUAUCUGAUUUUGUUUCGAAACACUCGCAGCACUGCGAUACAAUGCUGCUCCACUGCAGAUUCAAUGCCGUAGAGCACAACUGCUCGCACCUGUUUCAACCACUCCUGACGGACGAGGGGCUCUGCUGUGUAUUCAACUUCCAGCCACCAGAGUUCCUCUACAAGCCAUUUUCAAAAAGCAAACGAAAUUUAACAAUGAAAAAUGGGUUUGAGGCGGUCAAAUGGAAUCCAGAGACAGGUUAUCCCGACAAAUUACCAGCCAAAUAUUAUCCAGCGACAGCCAUUGGGACUGGGAUUACACUGGGAUUUAGUGCUGUUCUCGAUGCCCAGAUGAGCGAGUACUACUGCUCCUCUACUAAUGGACCCGGCUUCAAGGUUUACUUCCACAAUCCAACCGAAGUACCUGUUGUUAAGGAGGCAGGACUCAUCACCGCCAUCGGCUAUGAAACCAACUACCGCAUGGAGGUGGUACGAGCCGAGGCAGUGCCAGCCAUUCGCUCCAUUUCUCGGGAUGGUCGCCAGUGCCUUUUCGGAAACGAGAAGGAACUGAUCUUCUACAAGACCUACAGCCGGCUGAAUUGCGAGCACGAAUGCAUGGCUGGAUACUUGUACGAGUCGUGUGCCUGCAUACCCUUUGACUAUCCGCAGAUCUACAGCAACGCCACAAUGUGUGGCAUGAAGGACACUCUCUGCCUGCGUCGGGCCCAACAGGCGGCCAUCCGACCUGAAUGGGUCAAGUGCCGGCAGCAGUGCCUGCCCAGCUGCUUCGACCUCAGCUACUUGGCCAGCGGCUUCUCUUUUCCCCUGGCCACUAGCAAAUUCCAGUUGGCCAAUCCUCUGGUGGAGAGCAUGAACAAAUCGUAUCUGAGAGAGAACAUAGCAGUCAUCAAUGUCUACUACCGUGAGUCCGUCUACUACGGCAAUAUGAAGAAUGCCUAUGUCGGAUUGACAGAGUUCCUGUCUAACAUUGGUGGCGUGAUGGGCCUGUUUAUGGGCUUUAGUGUAAUCUCACUGGCCGAAAUCUUUUACUUUCUUCUUCUGAAACCCCUCGUAGAACUCUUCAUGUGGAAAAGAUCACCACAGGUUGACAUAAAGCAUAAUGCAUUUGCCAUAGAAAAGCCGGGGAUUUCCGAUAAUGAAGCCAUGUGGCAUACACGAGAACUGUAUCCCCAGGGUCUAACGCUAAAGUUCAGCAGAAAAGUAAAGCGAAGUCGAAAUAGCUCAAAUGUAUUCCCCCAGUGAGAAAUAAUAGAACAUAAUAGUUCUACCACAAAAUUGCAAAUACAGUGCUUGCUAAAUUAUUUAACGCUUAUAUUUGUGUAUGUGUAUGUGUAUGUGUAUGUGUGUGUGAGUACAUAUAAAAAUAAACUGCCAUAUCAUGCAUAUCAUUUGCUGACCACCAAAAAGAAAAAUUUGAAUGGAAAUCAGUUCCAUCUAGCCGUUGGACCCCACAAAAAGAAACACUUGAGUAAUUGAAUUGAAUAAUAAAUAUGAAACCCAUAAAAAAUUUCGGUUA